CACCGCCAUACAUCCCCAACACUAUUUUAGGCCCGACUAACACAUUAAACGCUCCGAAAAACUACUAGCCGGAUAAGAAUCAGGUCGCGAUGAAUUUCACGCCGUUCACGGGGCACAUCCCGGCGGCGGUGCCCACCAUCCACCAGUUCGCGGCCAAGUUCGGGUACGAGCAGGAGCGGUACCAGGGCGGAGUGCAGCUGGUGCCGGCCGGCGGGGUGACGGUGGACGGAGUCAAGUUCCGCCAGGCUGAGAGCGUGGUGGUGGUCAGCUCGGCGCAGCCCGGCACGGUCGCGCUGGCUGGCUUGGCACCUAUACAUACUGCAUCGUCAGUGAACAUCGGCAACAUAACGUACGGCGGGCAGGCGAGCUACAUCGAGAGCGUGCAGCUGAAGGGCGAGCGCGACAAGCGGGAGUACCGGGAGGAGCACGACAUCAUGGCCACCAUGAUGACGCAGCAGGGGGACUUGUUGAUAAACCAAGCGCCGCUGCAGCAGGGUACACAACAGUUACUGGUGGUGCUGCACGAGCCGAAGGAGGCGGCGGCCCUCGCGCGCGCCAUCAAGCAGGAGAACAGACCGGACCGCGCCAACGCCGCCGCGCCCGCUGAGUUUAUCAGUAUAGGCGACGUGUCGGACGCGACGUGGCAGCUGGGCGGCGGCGUGGCGGACUAUCUGUCGGCGCUGCCGCUGCCGCUGCACCACCUGCUAAAGUACUCGCGCGCCGACACCGAGCCCACCGUCGUCACCGUCGCCGCCAACCCGCCCAUGUCGGCCGUCACUGCCAAUCAACCGAACCCAGCCAACAGCGUGGUGGUGCAGACCGCCACCAUCAUCAGUCCUGCUACUACGAAUGCCAGCACCAACACCAAUACCAACGCUGCUGCCACUUUCGCCAAGAAGAAGAAGAAGAAAAAGCUGCUGAAGGAGAAGAAACCGCGGCCUAAACCGGGGGAAAUUCGACUGACGACUGCAUUAGACGGUAGCACGCUGUACUGCUGCCCGGAGUGCCACAUGGCGUACCCCGAGCGCGGCCUGCUAGACCAGCACCUUGUGGGACACACCAUGGAGAGACGAUUCAUCUGCGACAUCUGCAACGCGGCGCUGAAGCGCAAGGACCACCUGACGCGGCACAAGCAGUCGCACAACCCCGAGCGGCCGCACGCCUGCUCCGUCUGCCUCAAGGCGUUCAAGCGCAAGGAGCAGCUCACCCUGCACUUCGUCAUACACUCCGGCGAGAAGAGACACGUGUGCAACGAGUGCGGGAAAGGUUUCUACCGCAAGGACCACCUGCGCAAGCACACGCGGUCGCACAUCGCGCGACGCGUCAAGGCCGAGCUCUCGCAGCAGGCCUCCACGCCGCCGCUCUCACAGCAGUCAGUGCCAGCCCCGUCUAUAGAGCCGUCCUGACCCGACGACAAGCACGACCUCAUGUCGCUCAUCGCCGCCGCCAAGGACGCCUUCUGAUAGACACAUAUAAGGACAUAGGGAAGGCACAGGUCAUGUAAUGUUUAGGCCCAAUUUCACUAACGUCUGUAAGUGUUAACAGUUCGUCAAUGUUAUGUCUUCUCAUUCAUUCAUAUGAAAAAAGAAUGAGGUAACGUGGUAGUAAUUCGAGCUUUAAUGUUAACACUUAACAGUCGUUGGUGAAAUUGGGCGUUUACAUUAAUUAAAAAAUAAACUCUGUUUUUCUUAAUUUUGAUCUGAAUGUAAAUAAAUCUCAACGUAAGUUAUAUAUUGCACACAAUUCAAAUACUUGUAUUUACCCCGCAAUGAUUCGAUAAUAAUAGUUUACAUUUAGAUUAAAAUUAAUUCAAACGCAGUUGCUAUGAACUGUUUUUCUGAAUAAAUAAAAUUCAGCUUUGUGAUUAUCAGCAGGCAUAUAAUGGCAUGAGCCACAGACUCAUGGCCCACGACUUAAUAAUUGAAGAUAUAUGAGUGGAUGAAUCAUGAAGUGGAUAACUAAC